UCGGGUGAACUCUGCUCGAUCGACAUCUCCCGGAGUAUAUAACUUCAUCAACCAUGGGUCGUCCUGACUCGGAGGCGCCGGCGUCGAGCGUUGCCUACGGAGGCAGCGGAGGCGCGGCGGCUCCGGCGGGGACGAGGGCAGACUCGUCUUUCGAGACCAACGUGGUGAUCAUCCUAGCCGUGCUCUUCCUCGGGCUGCUCCUCAUAAUCGCAGUCAACUCGCUGGCGCGGUGCGCGCUCCGGCGCGUGGGGCGCGUGGCCGCGGCCGCUGCCGGCGAGGGCCGGGCGUCCGCGCGGGUGGCCUGCAGCGGCAGCGGCAUCAAGAGGCGCGUCCUCAGGAGCCUCCCCGUGGAGGUGUACGGCUCAGGGGAGGACAUCGACGACGUGUGCGCCAUAUGCCUCAGCGAGUUCGUGGACGGCGAGAAGGUGCGCGUGCUGCCGCAGUGCGCGCACGGCUUCCACGUCCGCUGCGUCGACGCCUGGCUGGUGUCCAACGGCUCCUGUCCCACGUGCCGGCAGCCGGUCAUCGAAGGCGCGCCCGCGAAGGCGGCGGAGACGAACACGACCGUCACCGUGGUCAUCGUGUGA